UGAUUUAAAUAAACAGGCAAAACCCUAGCAAAUCAGGAUCUUUCUGUUCCUAAAAAGAACUUUUUUAAUUACCUUCCUGAGGGACAGAAGUUAAUCCUGUAUCACUGCCCCCACUGAUUUGGUAUAAACAAGAUGAAACCGCAUUAUCUAAACUGAGAUGAUUAGACAUUACAGAGAUUAGCAGUUUGCUAAGAGUUGAAAAUGAAAAUUCACCUUGGUAAAUGUAGCAGCAUGAACUGUUACUCUAGAAAUAGCAGGAUGUGAGGGAGAUUUAACAAUAGCUGUGACAAAUACCAUAGUUAGAUUACCCGUAAUUUGCAGAAUCGAAUGUUACACUUUUUGCUUCUCACCAUUCUUUAUUUCUGGACUCUUUCUUGGACAUACUUAUUUAGCAAAAACUUGGUAAACUUCAUUUUAAGUUAUUUGAAAAUGUGCCUAUGUUAUAACUGUUCCAUAGCAUUGUCGGUCAUGUGCUAAUAGUGCAUCAUUAUUCUGCUAAUGAAAUGGAAUUAUUUGGCCUUCAACAUCACAGGAUUGGAUAUGCACCUGAGGCAUAGAUUUAUUACCUGAUAAUACAUAUCAUUUAAUGUUACAUUCCUUAACUUUAACCACCCAAGUGCUUAUUGGGAAACUGGCCCAGCAGUGCCUCCUUCCCUCCCUCGCUCUGCCGCAGUGUUCCCAGGGAGCAUCCCACAGCAGUUCUAGGGCUCUAUGUGCUGGAAACACACCCUCACGUAAGUGUAUUCACCCCACUAAUUUAACACAUAUUAUUGCACAUUGUUAAAACUUUUUAAUGUCUAACAGCUCAGCUAAUGAGAGCUCCACCAAGAUCUUCAUAAAUACCUGCUUAAGAAGAAAUCUAGAUUACUGAGUUGUAAUAUAUGGAACAAUAUUUAUUCAUUUUGUUCAUUUUUCCUCGAAGGUUCCUACUCUUCUCUGCCCAUUGUUGUUAGCUCUUGUUAAAUGCUGGCCCUGAUAUUGACAGGUUGUGAGGUUUUUUUCCUUCAUGUGCAUCUGUUCAAAUAUCAAAUUUAGAAUCAUAUAAAUAGCACUAAGCUCAUCCCUGUUGAAGCAAGAGGAUAUUUUAGGUCUUCUCCAACAUGUAAGUUCAACAGACUGGAGUUUUCAUCCAAUACCUUAAAAAAAUGUCAAAUUUUGAGCAGUUUCACUUCGACUUUUACCAGUCUAAUUAUACUAUAGACGACCAGGAAGAAGGUUGCAACAGCUAUGGCUCAGACGAAAACCUCUGCGAAAGCAGAAAGAGCCCGACAGAAAAGCAACCUCCAGGCGGGGCUUUUGUCCCAUCAGACAUGCUUCUGUCCCCUCAGGGCUACACGGGUCAGAUUUUGCAGCCAACGCACAGUCCCCACACUCUUUCUCAGCUUGCUUACGCUGACGGAUUUGACGAGGAACCUCCUUUGCUAGAAGAACUUGGGAUCAAUUUUGAGCAUAUAUGGCAAAAAACAUUAACAGUUCUAAAUCCAAUGAAGCCUGCAGAUGGCAGCAUUAUGAAUGAGACAGACCUCACUGGACCCAUGGUUUUCUGUUUGGCCCUUGGAGCAACAUUGCUGAUGGCAGGAAAAGUUCAUUUUGGCUACGUGUACGGGAUGAGCGCCAUCGGGUGCCUGGCCAUGCAUGCCCUGCUGAACCUGAUGAGCGUCUCAGGAGUCUCACAUGGCUGCGUUGCAAGUGUCCUGGGCUACUGCCUGCUGCCCAUGGUGAUCCUGUCCUCUUCUGCAGUUGUCUUCUCACUGCAGGGGAUCCCAGGAACUGUGUUAGCUCUGUUUAUUAUUGGAUGGUGCAGUUUGUCAGCCUCCAAAAUUUUUACCUCUGCAUUGGCUAUGGAAGGACAGCAGCUCCUGAUUGCAUACCCAUGUGCUUUACUUUAUGGACUUUUUGCACUUCUAACAGUUUUCUGAGAUGUAUUUUCUGGUAGUCUUCUUACAGUUUGUUCAUGGUUGUUGGAGGGGCAAGAGGUUAUUUACUUAUUUCCAGAUUGCCUACAGUUGCAUUAAGUUCCAUUAACAAAAUUAGAUUCUAUGACUUACUGGUCUUUUUCCUAAUGGCUGAUAAUGAAAUAAAAAAUCAAGCUAACAGGUAGAUGGCCUCAAAAUAAUGGUGUUUUGCAGUCUUACAGCUUAAAGAAAAGAAAUUGUAUUGAGAAGGUAGUAAAAGUGGAAAUAAAUAAUAAUUAAAAUAAAAAUUCUGUUCUGAGUAUUUAUAAUAUAAUAUAUAUCCUAGAGAGUAACUGGAAUGAAAUUAUGUAAAUAUUUAAUGGACAUAGUAAAUCAAGUGAAAAUGUAUAUGAAUUUGUUUUUAAAAAACCAGCUUGUAUUAGUAUGUAAUUACUAAUUAAUAUCCAGAAUUUAUAUGUUUAGGUUUGGAGGUUUUUUGUGACAGAAGAAUGAGUGACCCUGCUUUGGGAUAUUGAAGAAUUGGCCAGGAACAGGCUGGUACAACAGAGGGAACACAGGCAUGUUUUCUUGUUUUUUCUGGUUUUUUUUGAGAGGUGUUGCUGUCCAAAACACCAUUGUACUGUUUUUAAUGCAUAGUAACAUUAUAUUUUAAAACUGCCACAAAACCACUGCCUGCUGUAACUGCAGGAAAACUCCAUACAAAGUAAAGACAACCCCUAAAAAUGUCUCCUGAAAGGCAGAACUGUAUUGGAACAGGCAAGAUACAAACCUGUGUAAUUCUAUCUGCCCCUCGAAAAUCUGUUUGUUGGUUUUAGUUUUAGGAGAAUAAAACAUUUAUAUAAUGGCGAUAAAGCACAGAAUGCAUAAGAUGAUAUUUUAAAAUAUAAUAUUAGAAAUAUUGAGCCAUCAAAAGAAAUUGGAGAUGUGUGCAGUAACAACUCGAAAAAAAUCUAAGUGUGAAGUGGAAGAGAAAAUGAAGAUAUUUGUAGAAAGAGCUAGAAAAAGUAAAUAGAUGAAAUAAAUGGAAAUGUGAAGGAAAUAAACAGCAGCAGAUUAUUU